GGCUUAAGUGUGUGUUAAUCCAGCGCUAACACCUUGGUACAGGGAUAUUUGUCUAUGUUUGAACAUUUCAGGUAGAAUACCCUAAGAGAACUGUCGUGUACGUCUGGAGCUAAAAGUACAGAAUAUAUGAAAGAAGCUGAUAAUACAUAACGCAGGAAGCGUCUUUGAGGAAGAAGACUCUUCAAGUGCCUUGUUUUGCCUCCUUUGGACCAGCUUUUAUGUGGAAUUUGAUAGUAAAAGGCGUUCGUGAAUUGAAAUCAGACUUGUGAAGAUUCAGUAAGUGACGUUUACUUCAAAUAUCUAUCUAACCUACUUGCAAAGAUGAAAGGCAAGGAGCAGAAGAAACCAGAUCACGUACCUCCCAAGGUGCCAACCAUUCAUUUGGAUUCACUGGCAGGUAAGGAUGACCAACACCCAAGCGACAAAUCCCGGUUAACGGUUCUAAGCCAGCAAAGUCAUCGUGCAAGCAACGUUGAGUCAGCUGUGGGGUUCCUUUCCAAACGUAUGUCUAGACGGUUUGGGCGGAGGAUGAGCGAGAGGAAAGACAGUGCCCACGGGAUGCCGCAUCCGGCUCAACCAGUACCGAAGAUGGAACCAACCUACCAGCUAGAACCUAAAGGAACGUUCAGCUCGUGCGCAGUCGAGAAACUCGUGAAGGGCGUGCUGCACGAGCAACUUGAUACGAUAAAGUACGAUGCACGUUCGUGCGGUAACCUGACACGGACCCUUGUGGAUGACAUCAAAGAACGUGUCAAGUCGCUGAAAUAUGAAAGAUACAAGAUCAUCUGUACCGUCACCUUGGGAGAAAACAAAGGUCAAGGGGUCAUGACAACAAGCAGAUGUGCAUGGGAACCCAAGUUUGACUCUUAUGCCUCGUAUACUUUGACAAAUAAGAAUAUUUUUUGUACUGCUUGUGUUUUUGGAGUCUAUGUAGACUGAAAAGUCAAAUGCAAUUCAAUGUGUGUUUUGAAUGAACUUCAGCCUGACCUCGAUCAUGAUCUUCAGUCCGUCAACGCCAAACACGUGCUCGCCAAGGUCAACAAAGGUUGAACGUCUACGACCCGCGUCCUUUCUUUCAGUGAUAUAAAUGAAUAUUGUCAAAGGGGCUGACUUGAUGUCUUCAUAAAUAUGGACAAAAAAAGUCAUAUAUUUGUUUUCGUCCUAAAUUAAACGUUUUGUUUAAAAUGUACUGAAUUAUUCUUUGUUAAGUAUAUUACCCAUGGUUACAUAUUGUUACUCUUCGUUCGCUACUUCUGUUUUGAUUCAAUGUGAUAAAUGUUGUUUGUCCUUGGAAUUCAACAUGGAUGUAUUCGGCUUCAUGCAUUACGUGUCGAUCAAUUUCCAACAAAGGCUUAUAUGAGCAUAAAAUAUAAAAGUU